CUCUUUUGGAAUUCAAAAAUGAGUUUCAGAUCAGUAUACCACAUCCAGAUGCUCCUUUCACUAAAUCCUUAAGUUCGUGGAACACAAGCACUGAUCACUGUUCCUGGGAAGGUGUCACAUGCAAUGCUACUUCCGGUGAGUAGCCUCGAGGAAUCACGGCAAUUCGUCGUCAAUGGAAGUCACUAUGAUAUUAUUUCAACUGCAUUACAAGUACCAGUUCUCUACGUUGAUCUUGGUUCAAAUUCACUCCGAGGAUCAUUUCCCCGCUGGAUCUGCGAGUUUACAUCAUUGUUCUUAUUAGAUCUGUCAAACAACCAUCUCUCUGGUUUCAUUACUUCAUGUUUGAUGAAUUCCAGUGCUUACCUAGGCAAGAUAAAUCUAAGAAACAACAGCUUUAGCGGAUUCCUUUCAGAUAUCUCUAACAGUGCCACUCAGUUACAGUUACUAGACGUUAGCCGUAACCAUUUAGUGGGGAAGCUUCCGAAAUCUUUGAUAAACUGCCAUUAUUUGGAAUAUCUGAAUCUGAAAGGAAACAGGUUCAAGGACACGUUUCCAUCUUGGUUGAGUUCUUUGGUACGGUUACGUGUUCUGUUUCUCGGAUCAAACGCAUUUUAUGGUCCAGUCUCCUCACAUGUUGGGUUUCCAAGUCUGCGAGUCAUUGACAUAUCGCAUAAUGGCUUCAAUGGAACAUUGCCCCAAGAUUAUUUUGUGAACUGGCUUGAAAUGUCAUCAGUGUGGAGAAACGAAACCAAAUCUUCUGAGGAUACUAUAUAUGAAGGCAGUAUAUAUCUAACAUACAAGGGAGAACUAAACAUUUAUGAGGAUUCGAUGGAUAUGAUGUAUAAAGGUGUAGACAUAAAGUUUCAACGGAUCUUUUUUGCGUUCAGAGCCAUCGAUUUUUCUGGAAACAAAUUCACAGGACGGAUCCCUCAAUCAAUUGGCAUGUUGAAGGCAUUGAUUCAUGUCAACUUUUCAAGAAAUGCAUUUACAGGCAGUAUCCCUUCAUCUUUGGCAAAUUUAACAAAUAUCGAGGCACUAGACCUCUCUCACAACAAGCUUUCGGGUAAUAUUCCUCGUGAUCUUGCCACACUCUCCUUCGUGUCAUACUUGGACUUCUCCCACAACUUUCUCCAAGGUCCUGUUCCACGAAGCACUCAAUUUCAAAGGCAAAAUUGUUCUUCAUUCGAGGAUAAUCUUGGACUCUAUGGUCUCGAGGAAAUCUGUGGACCGGUCAAAGUUCCAGAUCCAAUACCGGAAGAUUUGGAACGAUCAGAACAAGUGUUGAGCUGGAUAGCUGCUGCAAUAGCGUACGGACCUGGUGUGUUAUGUGGAUUGGUUUUCGGACAUAUCUUCUUCACUUCACAAAGACACAAAUGGUUCAUGAAAAAGUUCGGUCGAAAAUAUCACGGUGGCAUCAUAACUGUUCGUUGAACCCCAUUUCCCUCAACUUUGUUUCUCUAAGCGUCUUGUAAGUCCGUACUUCCAAUAACUGGUUCGUCAGAGUGUUGUUUUUGUAAUUUUCGGUUUGAAUUUCGUUCUAUUAAAGAUUGUUGGUGUU